GAUACACCCAAAACAGGCCCCGGGAUACAUACCGAUACCCUGCAAUACUAGAAAGCCGGUUCACCUCGACGACCAAGAUGCCAAAUGUCUUCGCGGUUCCCAUUUUCUUUAUCGUUUUUCGCGAGACUCUGGAAACAAGUGUCAUUGUCUCCGUGCUCCUUUCAUUCCUGGACCACGAACUGGGGAAAGACAAAGAUCAAACUAUUCGAAAGACAUUGUGUAAGCAGGUGUGUGGCUUCCAUCACCUGCCCCUACCUUGAAGUUACUUUCCAGCUCAGAGACCGGACAUGGCGAAAUAGACAGACGGCUCUAGUUCCUAUAUGUUACAGUACAUAUCGCUCACUGGUGGCACACAUGGCAAGUUGGGGGCUCGGCGUUGGAAAAGAUAGGGUAUGGCGACAACCAUACUUGAACGAAUUGAUUCACUUUUUGGGGGGAGCCGGGGGAUAGGGUGGGAGACGGUCUUCAAGCACACAAAACCAGCAGGUUGUUAGUAGUAGCAUAUACGAGUCCUCAUAGAGAAAACAGCUCCGGCCGAGCAAAGACUUCCGGGAAAACGUUUCACUUGGUCU